CUGGCUUUCAGGAGGCUGCAGCCAGGCGCCAUGGCGGACGCCGCGUCGAUCCAGACCCUGUGCGAUGAAGCCACAUGCUCCGUCUGCCUGGAAUAUUUCAAAGAGCCGGUGAUCGUAUCCUGCGGGCACACCUUCUGCCAGGACUGCAUCACCCAGUGCUGGGCAGAGGCUGACAAGGACGCGUUGUGUCCUCAGUGCAGGGAGCCGUGUCAGCGAGGGAGCUUCAGGCCCAGCCGGCAGCUGGCGAGCAUGGUGGCCGUGGUCAAGAAGUUCAGUCUGCAGCAGCCCAGAGGGGCGGAAGCCUUGGGAGGCGUCUGCGAGAAGCACCAGGAGCUGCUGAAACUUUUCUGCGAGGAUGAUCGGGUGCUCAUCUGCGUGGUUUGCGACAAAGCCAAAGAGCACCGGCAGCACAAGGUGAUUCCGAAGGAGGAGGCUUUCGAGGAGUACAAGUGUAAAAUUCAGAGUGAUUUGAAACUUCUGAAUGAGGAGAAAGAAAAGUAUGUUUCUGCUAUAUUGAAGGAGCAAGCUGAAGGCAAGACACUGCUGGAGCAAACAGAAAGAGAGAGAGAAAAAAUUGUGGCCGAAUUUGAGCAACUGCGGAAGUUUCUGAAAGAGCGAGAGGAGUUCCUGCUGGCGCAACUGAAAGAUCUGGAUGACCAGAUUACAGAUGCCAACAAUAAAUACAGUAGCGAAUAUUCUGAUAAAAUUUCCUCCAUAGACAGCCUCAUCAAGGAGGUGGAGGAGAAACUGAAGCAGUCAGCAGAUGAAUUCUUGCAGGACAUCAGAGACAUCUUACCAAGGUGUGAAGAAAAACCCUGGGAGUAUCAAAAAGCAUUUCCUCCUAAAUUAAGCGAAGAUAUUAAGAAGUUCUCCGAGUCACGUACAUCUUUUGAGACGGUCGUGAAGGAUUUCAGAGAAAGACUACUGACUGGAAGAGAAAGCAUGACAAUUCCUACAGUGACAAAUCCAACAAAUCGUACAGUGGCAAUUCCAACAGUAUGGCUGGCAGUGGAUGACACAGUAAUGAAAUUGGUGGAGCAACAACGAUCACAGAAUUCAGCAUUUUCAAAUAGGAAUUCAGCAUUUCCACAGCAGAAUUCAGCAUUUUCAUAUAGGAAAUCAGCAUUUCCACAGCAGAAUUCAGCAUUUUCAAAUAGGAAUUCAGCAUUUUCACAGCAGAAUAUCGUGUCAUCGCCCCAGAGCGACCCACUGCAUUGCUGGACCUACCUUAUGGGAACUGAGAGAAUAGCCUCUGGGAGCCACUCCUGGGAAGUGGAUGUGCCCCAGGAACGGUUCUGGGCUGUGGGGGUGGCCAGAGAGCAUCUAAGGGAUGGCUGUAAAUAUCCGCUCGAAGGAAUCUGGGCGCUGGGCAAGUUUCCUGAUGGGAGUCUAAGUGCGUUCGCUUCUUGUCAGUUGUCUCAGGGGCCAAAUCCCACAAGCAAUGUUGACACACUUUUUCGUGUGAAGGAUAUGCCAAGGAAGGUCCGGGUAUCCCUGAACUAUGAAAACGGAACAGUGACCUUUCUUAAUGCUCACAACCACACCACCAUUUAUAAAUGUUGUGGUGACUUUUCAGGCGAUGAGAUCUCCUCCUGGCUUAGUAUGGGAAAAUGAAGUGACGUUUCUUGCUGAGAAAACUCAGUUAUACAGUGACAAACCCCAGAUCUGUUUCAGUUUCUCCCACAUUCUUUUUUUUAAAUCUCAGUUUCCUUUAAUCUCUAAAGGAUUAUGCCUUAAUUUAAUUGUGAUGCUUCUGACACAAAUAAACAAAGCAAUGCAGUGUAACUAAAAGGCACUGUAAAAUUCAAACAGUGAUCCUAAUAAGACGGAAAGGACAAGAUAAACCCCUUAAAUGAUGAGCACUGGAGGACAAAGGGACGGUUCCAUUUGCAACAGAUUAAUCAGUUCAAGCUUACUAAUUUAGAUCCAGAGCCGUGCUGCUGGAAGUGGGGGGGUGGGGGUGGGGGUGGCUUUCCAUCUCACUCCUCCAGCUUCCCCAGAAGCAUCUUCCAAGAGCGGGGAGACCUUCCAGAGUAGGGUGGGCUGCGACGUGGGGGUGCUGAGGGAUCCUGCGAGCGGGCAGAGGCACCUUCCCGCAGCGCUGUGUUGAGCAUCACUGCCUUGAACCCAGGGCCCCUUGUGUGUCCCCUGAGUGGCAGCUUCUAGUGCUGCAAAAGGGCUUUCAGUUAGUUGCUCGAUGAAGGAAACGCCUUGUGUUCUGGGCUCCCACUUUGCACGUACAGGGGCUCACUCUGCUGAUAAUACAAACUGAUCAAGGAACCCAAUUUCCAUUGAUAUUGUACUGUGGGUUUCGCCAAAAUAAAGCAAAAGGGUGCACAACAAAUGAAUGAACGGACAGACAGACAAUACAUAAAGAUUGCAGGAUCAAGGCUGACUCCAAGCUGGGGACGAGGAAGCCAGGAAUGGCCGAGCUCAGCAAAAUUCUGCAAACUUCACUUUGCAUCUUGGAUCAGCUUGUUUUCUUUGUAUCUGCUUUUUCAAUUCACUUGAAUGGGAAUGUGUGCACUCUGAACAGGAAACGCAUGCAUUUCUCUGAACAUUUUUCAAAGUUGCAUACUUCCUUCCCAAACGUUUCUCCUGACCAAACUGUGAAAAUGAGCAUUGUUGAGAAAGUGCUAAUUUCAAGAAAUAAAUAAAUACAAUCUGCA